ACUGUUUUAUACAUUACACAGCUGAUAUACAGGGUGUCCCACAUCAUAAUGGAUCGAUCGUUAUAAUGGUUCUAAAGAUGUAUAUCUGGAUUCUCCUGGUUCUAGUUGCAACUGCAAAAUGUGGUUUCUGUCCAGGAUUUCCAUUCUGUGAUGAAAAAGCUAAUCCUGUCUCAAGCAGUGCAGUGGAACAUGUUAUCACCAAGGAUUACGCAAAUGUAAAUGGAGAUAACUAUAUAGUGACUGGUGACAGUGCUAUUAUAACAGGAAACGUCAACGUAGUGCACGGAAAAAAAUCCAAAGUAAGCGGCGACGAAAAUAUUGCCAACGGCGACAAUGCUCAUGUCGAGGGGAAAAAUAACGUGGUCAACGGCGACAAUUCAGCUGUCAUCGGUAACGACAAUGUGAUAAACGGAAAAAGUCACCAAGUGACCGGAGACUAUAACGUCGCAAACGGUGAUAACGGGAAAAUCCAAGGAGAUUGGAAUAAGGUGACCGGAAAUGGAAUAAAGGUGUACGGGAACUGGAACCGGAUCUGCGGGAAUGAUGUUGAAGUGAAGGGGAAUGACAACGCUGUUAUCGGGAAAAGGUUUAAGCUGGCUGGGAGCAAUGUUGGAAAAGAAGUGGAAAUUGAUCCAAAGAAAGUAUUUUCAAUUUGCAGUGAUGCAAGUUUUGAUGCUCUAAAGCCAAGAUAAUCUAAGAAAUGGGAAAAAAUCUUAAACCUAUUUUUUGAUAUAUUUGCAAUCAUUAAAGUUAUAAAUAUCAAUAACAUUUAGAUAUCCUAUUUAAUUUCCUAUUCUUGAAUUCGUUCUAAUUUUAUAGAAAAUAUACAAUUUCAUCAAAUAU